GUAUUAUAUAAUAAAAUAGCACCGACGGAAAAAGCAUAGUAGUCAGCGCCUCUGUAACAGCCAGAGAGACUCUCACUGUCAAACUAAACCACUUCACAAAUUCAUCAAAAAUCGUUGAAUUGAAGAAACUCAAAUUAGGGUUUCACAACUAUGGAAGAUUUCAGAUCCAAAUCGUACGGUGAUGGAAGGAUGCAAAUUGAACCCUACUCAGCAGCAGCAGCAGCAGCACCUUCCAAUGGAGCUACAGCUACUAGUGUUUACGGUAUGCAAGAUCUGCGUUGUUACAGUGCUUCUUAUGCUUCCUCUGUUCAUCCAGCACAAACACAGAACCAGAUGAGUAAUAUCAGCGAUGUUAAGUUCAAGAAAGGAAAAUCAACGAACGGUUCGGCUUCGAAAAGUUGGAGCUUUAGUGAUCCUGAGAUGCAGAGGAAAAAAAGAGUUGCUAGUUACAAAGUUUAUUCGGUUGAAGGUAAACUCAAAGGUUCCAUUAGGAAGAGUUUUAAAUGGAUUAAAGAUAGGUGCAACAGAGUUGUUCAUGGUUGGUAGUGUAAAUUUUUAUUAUUAUGAUGAUGAUGAUGAUGCUUAAUUGAAAUUGAAAUUUGUGAAUUGAAAUUAAACCUAAUUUAGGUUAUAAGUUAGCAUCUGAAUGGAAAUUUCAAUUAGGGUGUCUUAUAUAUAUAUAUUUAUAUGUAUGAAUAAUUAUUUGUUUGUCCUGUUUAUUUUAUUGGUAAGUGUUUAUGUUCAUUGCUGCAAUGUAAACUAGCUAGUAGUGUUUAUUUAUCAUAAGGAUCAUUGAUUUGGAUUGUAAUAUGGAAGAGAAAUUGUGAUUCGUGACUUCUUCAAUAUGUAGUUUGUUUCUGUAAAGAGUGUAAAGUAAUAAUCUUUGUUUGUUUUGUUAUGAAA